AUGACUCAACAGUCUGCAAGUCUGGAGGCGUUUUUCAAAUCCCUGGUGUCCUCCGCCGAGUCCUGGAACUACAUUCCUACCGUACUCUCAAUGGUCAUAAAUGUGUUCCAUGUGUUCAUAUUAUCGAGGAAGACAGUCUCCUCCAGUGCCGUCAAUUGUAUUCUAUUGGGAAUGGGAGUUGUGGAUAUUCUGUCACCGGUGAUUUAUAUCAAAAUUGCGGUGAAUAAUUGGUUGGAGCCAAGGGAGUGCAAACUUCCAUCCUCUUAUAUCCAAGUGUUGGUCGACUGGAUAUUCUACGCGAUUCGAGAUGACUUCAGAAGAUGUUCCGUCUGGUUAGGCUUGACUCUAGCGGUCAUAAGAACAAUUUCUGUGAAAACUGCUACUAAGAAACAGUACGGGAUCUUUUAUGGAAGUUUUGCGUCCAAAAAACAGUAA